AGUUGAGAAGACGUAUGCAUAAAAAAGCAGACAAAUUUGCCAUCACGACAAGGGGAAGAAAGAAGUAAGAAGUCGAAAUCUUGGCACCACCCACAAAUCCAAAUCCAAAUCCCAAAACAGACGAUAUUGACGGCAGGACAAGUUCAGUCAUUUGGAGUCGAGUCUAUCUCGAGUCGUCCCGUCUUCAGACGGCGGUAGUUGAGUUGUUAAGUGCAUUUUGAGUACUUUGUAGAUUGAUUCUUCAUGUUAUUGCGGCAGAUACGGAUUCAGAAAUAGACGCAGUUCGGUGAAAGAUAUGAGGGGCUUUAGCUGGAAAUUCGUGUGUUCUGGAGGGAUUCUGACGAUUUUCUGUCUACUAGAAGUUUUAGCAAGUGAAGAUGCUCAACCCCUCGAGAACUCAAAUUCCAACCUGACUAACAUCCUCACUGAAAAUCUAGACGGCCACGUAGAACUGUCAACCCUUGAUUUACUCCCAACAACUGAUCCAACACACCAUGCCCAUCAAAGGAAAGUCUUGAGAUACGUUAUGAAACGACCUAUUCACCGAAAUUCAACUUCGAAAAUAAACAGAAAGGAACAUUUUUCCGUCCAUACAGAGACUAAUCCAUCGAGUCAAGUUGGCUUUGAGAAAAACAGUGGCGAUGAUAGAGAAGUAUUGACAGAUACUUCCAAAGCCUACUCUGCGGCAAAUGAUGAGGGCGAUAAACAUCAAGUUAUCGAUGAGAAAUACAAGAAUAAUGACGUCGAGGGUGGUAAUUCAGUGGAAAAAGGUUCGGAGACUACCGGAAGUACAACGGGAGACAAAGAUGUGCAGACAAAGAAAGUAUAUGAAUUGUUCAUAACGAAAAGACCAAUACCCAUAAGGUACCACACAUUCAAAGUACCUUCACAAGAAACUACCACAUACCCGAAUGGACAGAAUGUUAGCAAAAAAGGCCGCAGGAGAAAAUUCCUGGAAAACAAACCGCAUCUCAAACACAAAAAUCAUUUGGAAAACUACAGCGAAGCUACUACUUCAAUAUCUGGUUUGAGCUUGGUUCUGGAAGCUACUGACAAUUCAUCAGCAAACAGAACUUCUGAAUAUCUACAUGAAAUGGACGCUACAACUACAGAAAAAACAGAAGAAAAACAGAUAGAUCUGUCUUCUCAUGUCUAUCCCGAUCAAGACAUUCUGUUCACUCACACUGGACCAGAAAAUGACGAAUCACUUUUUGAAUUCACAGGAUCGACUGAGCAAGAUAUAUUCGGCAUAGGUCAAAGCGAGCAACAAAAUGUUGAUCAUCCAUUGAAAAAAAUCACCGUUUCACUACCAAAAAGUUUCAGUGAAAAAGAAUCAGACAACAUGAAUGAUGUUGAAAAUAGUGAGGGAGUUACGCUACCAACAGAUAUGACAACAAGUUUUUCGUACUUCACAGAAAAUACAAGCAUUUUACCAUUGGUCGAACCUACAGAAAUAUAUUUAGGGACUGAUGACAGCUUGAUAAAGAUCACACAGGUGGACACAACAACAGUAUCACCUGUAUUUUCAAAUCAAAGCAGUCAGAUCAAUGUUGAAAAUGUCACCGAUACUAUUCAUUAUGUACCAAGAGAAUCUUUAUCACAAGAUACUGAAUCUGGUAUUACCACUGAAACAACACAGAGCAGUACCAAGAACGUAACCAUUUUUGAAGAAAAUUCAAGAGUAGUUCCAAAUAGUACAACUACCACUGCAUCUAGUACAAUCAGCGAAGCAACAGAGAAUAUUUCACAUAAUAUCACUGCUCUUGAAGAUAAAAGUGAUAGUACAACUACUCUCUCGAGUGUAACUUCUGGAAAAAGAAAGCAUGCUCAUGCUACUGAUACUGUGACUGUUGCUGGAGGUAUAACACUCAUUUCAGGUCUUGAUGCUACUACCACUAUUGAAUCUGCUAUAGAUGAAGAAAAUAUCAGAACACCUGAGAGUUUGCAAAGUUCCACCAGGUCAGAUGUGACUUUUUCAGCAGGACUGACCACUGAACCAACUGUUCCUAAUACUGAGGAAAUGGUCACAGUAAUCCAAGUUCACCCAGACACAACAAAAUCUGGUAGUACAACUACCACUGCAUCUAGUACAAUCAGCGAAGCAACAGAGAAUAUUUUACCUAAUAUAACUGCUUUUGAAGAUGAAAGUGAUAGCACAACUACUCUCUCGAGUGUAACUUCUGAAACAAGAAAAUAUGAUACUGAUACUGUGACUGUGGCUGAAGGUAUAACACUCAUUCCAGGUAUUGAUGCUACUACCACUAUUGAAUCUGCUAUAGAGGAAGAAAAUAUCAGUAAACCUGAAAGUUUGCAUAGUUCCACUAGGUCAGAUGUGACUUUUUCAGCAGGACUGAUCACUGAACCAACUGUUUCCAACCCAGACAAAGAAAAAUCUGGUAGUAUUACUGAAACAACACAAAGCAGUACCAAAAACGUAACCAUUGCCGAAGAAAAUUCAACAGUUGUUCCAAAUAGUACAACUACCACUGCAUCUAGUACAAUCAGCGAAGCAACAGAGAAUAUUUCACAUAAUAUCACUGCUCCCGAAGAUGAAAGUGAUAGCACAACUCCUCUCUCGAGUGUAACUUCUGAAACAAGAGAACAUGCUUCUGAUACUGUAACUGUUGCUGAAGGUCUAACACUCAUUCCAGGUAUUGAUGUUACUACCACUAUUGAACCUGCUUUAGAUGAAGAAAAUAUCAGUACAGCUGAAAGUUUGCAAAGUUCCACUAGGUCAGAUUUGACUUUUUCAGCAGAACUAACCACUGAACCAACUGUUCCUAAUGCUGAGGAAAUGGUCACAGUAGACCCUUCCCAUUGGUACGGUAUCAGUAAUGAAGAGGGCAUCAUCAAAGUUCACUCAGACACAGAAAAAUCAGAGAACAUCACCGAUGUUUUCGAGGAUCAACAAAUACCUACAAAACAAGAUAUUGGUACUACUGAAACUUCUGUCGAAGCCACUACUACUGAAGAAGCUGAGGAGAUUGUUACUGUGGACCCGUCCCAAUGGUAUGGAAUAACUGGAGAUGAUGGUACCAUCAAUGAAGUACCAGAUACUUCGAACGAUGAUGUGACGGCGAAAGUUUCUGAAAAUGAAGUCCAAACUACAACUGAAAUUGCGCCGGUAGAACAAGAUACCUUGUUUAACUUAAAUACGAUUGGAAAGGAAAACGGAGAACCAGUUCCUAAACCGAAAGUGAAGACAAGUUAUAGAUCUGAUAAAGCACUACCCUUACCAGAUACAGAAACUGAUAAUGAAAAUGAUAUGAUAUACAACAACAGAUCAGGCGAUAAAACUAGAGAUAGUGCAACUAAAGAAAUUUCUGAAUUGAGCACUUUUUCCACAACUUCUACGUAUAGUACUGAAGCUGGGCCAAGUGAGAGUUACAUAAAAGAUGAAGCAACAACAAGUUCCUUCGAUUCAUCCAAUACAAUUCUGGGCAAUAUCACGACAGUAUUUGACCAAUCUUCAGAAGAAAGAGGAACUACAGAAUAUGACUCUUCUGUACAUUCUAUUGAUACACUGAUGAAAGGUACACAAUUCACAAGUUCUUCAGUAAUAGAUCAUACUGAGGACAGCACAAAAAAUUCGAUUACUUCAGUGCUGACCCACGAAGAAAAUGAACAGCCAAUUCUCAUGAAUAUGACUCGUCUUUCUGAUGAUGAAGUAUAUGAUAAAGAUGCUAUUGAAUCAACCAGCGAUUUUGGUGAUGCAGUUGAAGAUAUCGUAACUGAAGCAGUUGUUGACUCCAAUUCAAUAUCGAGUCAUAGUAGUGAAGAUAUAAAUAUAGGAACUGAACAAACUACUGAUAUCGUUCAAAAUGAGACAAUAAAUUCUUCAACAGUAAAAGACAUGAACUCUGUGGUAAUUCUGAAUGAGGAAAAUGGUUUCAAAGAGUAUACAACUAAAGCGAAUGAAAAAGAAGAAGAAACAACAGAAAGUUUUACUGAUUCUUUCAAAGAAAAUUUGGUUCCGACUGAAGUGAAAUUUUGGAUAAAUUCAGAUGAACACGUUUUGAAUAUAGUCGACUCAGAUGAGAAAGAGACAGACCAAGAAUUUGCUACCAGCACAUCAUCUAAGAAUCUAUCCAAUAAGAUUGAUGAAUCUGAAAAAGUUAAUGCAAUCAAUAGAAACAAAGAAAAUGCGACAUCUCAGAAAGAAAUGUUUCUUAAUAAAAACAGAACUGUGGAACCAAUGAUGCAAGAAGGAGAACAUUUCUUUGAAAACGAGUCUGCAUAUAUCGUGAGAAAUAUUUUGGGAAACCCUGCAAAUGUUAGCAUCCAUAUACAAAUUGAGGAUGAAUUCGAGUAUAUUCCGUCAGAUGUUUAUAUCCUUGAAGAUCUCGAGAAUCAACUUCUCAACUUCACAUGGAUAUCAGCAAAUAACAACAUCAACAAUUCUUUGGCAUUGAGCCUAAAUCGGACAGAGAACGUCUACAUGAUAAGUACAGUUUAUCUGAAUAUUUUGAAAGGAGGAGCAAUAUUGUAUCUGAAGAAAGAUAUAAAGAGUGAACCUCAACUAUAUAACAGGACGAAGAACUUCAACUUUAUAAUUGAUUUAAGUUAUAGAAAUAAAGUUACAUUUUCAAAUGUGGACUUUUUGAGGAUACCAAUAGACGAAACUCCGAACAAAAAUAUCCGAACAGGUAUUCAGCAAUCUUCAGAAGAGCGUCAAAACAAAGGUAAUCACAUGGAGAUUGUCAUUGGAGUCAUAAUUAUUGUUGCUGUCUUAUUAAUAAUAAUAUUUCUCCUGGUGGAGAAACGCAGGAGGAAAACUGUUACUAAAACAAUAGAUAGUGAUAAGAAUGUAUGAACAAAUGAAAAGUUGGCAGUAUAUGAUCCGAAGAGUGGGCCUAGAAAAUUUUGAGUUUAUUUAACAGGGUGUGGGUAGGACACUUCAAAAUUAGUUGGGUUUCAUUCAACUCAAGAUACAAGGUGUUGAAAAAAUGUUUCUAUGCACAUUUUUUAAGAUUAUGUCGAACAUUGUUAGGAAAUUUUGUAUGUAUUUGUUUUAAUAUCUGACUCUCAUAAGGGCACUAGUUACACGGUUCGUACCUAAUAAAUUUGAACACAAUUUUUUUGAUAUUCGAUUUUCCAAUGCGCAAGGGGGUCAGGUUUUUUCGAAACACCCUGUAUAGGCAUCUAGUUCAAUUAUUUUCAUAAAUUCUACGAUAAGUUCCAGUAUAGUAGGUUUAAUUCUCAGCAUUGGUUUCUACUUUAAGACUGUACAAUCGGAGGAUAUUUCUAUAUUUGAAAGUGCCAUUUUUAUGUAUAUAAAAGCUAUAUUAUAUAGUUCUAUAAAUAUUGCCACAAGUUGAUGUAUAUUCUAAGGUUUGUUGAACAUGGAAAUAUUUUAUACCUUCUGUAAAUACAAUAUUAAUGAUGA